GAAAAACACACCCAGAUUCUUUCGAUUCUUUCACGGUUCCACCCCUCCCCUCCCUCAUCGCCGCUGCCUACUCCCCAUGGCCUCAGCGAACAACGACGACCGCGAGGCGGCGGGCAUCCUGCGGCUGCUGAUGGGGAUGGCGGCGGCGGCGGCGCCCGCCUCGGCAUUGCCUCGGGGCGGCGGCCUGAUGAUGGUGCAGCACGUCAUCCUCGACGUCAACGGGGAACUGUUCUCGGGCGGGGUCGGCGGCGGCGGCGUGCCGCCGGCGUCGAAGGCCGCGAUCGCCGCGCUGAAGGAGGUGAAGGCCGGGGAGGGCGAGGACGCGCUGGGCGAGUGCGCCAUCUGCCUGGACGCGGUGGAGGGCACCGGCAAGGAGAUGCCGUGCGGGCACCGCUUCCACGGGCGCUGCCUGGAGCGGUGGCUAGGCGUGCACGGCAACUGCCCCGUCUGCCGCCGCGAGCUGCCAGCGCCGGCCAAGGAGGAGGAGGAGGAGGACAGCGCGGCGUCGGCGGAGGGCGGCGAGGAGGAGAGGCGGAGGCCCAGGGCCGCGGUCGUCGUCAGCUACCUCGUGUUCGGAGGCGGGCGGGCGGAGGUGCAGCAGGAGCCGGAGAGGGAGGAGCCGUGGAACAUUAGAAUAGAGGAUGUGGAUUAGCAUUGAUCACUUUCCCAUUGGUUUUCAGAUUGGUUUGAUGGCGGAGGAGGUUAUGUACAUACUAGUAAUGUCAUGAACGCUGGAAAUGGGCGAAGGGGGAAUUUGUGAAUAUUUCGGGAGUUCAAUCUGUUGAUCAA